AUGCCGGCCGAGGGAGCUUGCGAUGCUGCAUCUCUCAUGACGCUGACAGCUACUUUGUCCGAUGUCACGGGUCUUGCCAACUUGCUCAAGUCGGUUGCCAUUCAGACUCAUGCCGUAGUCAUCGCCUCAAGUUCGGGCCUCGAGAUCAUCACUGAGCUCAAUCGCACGCUGCAAGCUCACGCUUACCUCUAUUCGCACAUGUUUGACUCCUACCGCUUUGAAAACGCUCAAGACGAUGUCCGAGGCUCAACAUCAUUGCAAGCCCGUUCAAGACCAAAGAAGCGCUCCAAACUGACAUCCAAACACGCCGAGACAGCCGACUCUCAAUCUUCUGCCGCCUCGUCCGAUCACGAAUCUGGUCAAUCACAGGCUCACACGAAAAAGCGUUUCAGAGCAAACUCUCAUUCAUACGCUCAAGAGGCCGACAGAGUUCACGACGAGCCAGACAGUGUCUCGUUCGAAGUCAACCUCCAAACUUGGAUCUCUUGCCUCAAUAUCUUCGGCGGCGUAGGACCCUCUCGUCCGCACAGCUCCUCCAGCGGCCUUCCUGGCUUCCGACCAGAACAGGGCAGUGCUGAAGCUCCACCAGGUGGGCGAGGAUAUCAACGCACACGUUACGGUGUUGCUGACGCUUACGGUGCUGAACGUGGUACCUCCGUCGAACGUGGAUUUGAUCGUAAUCCCUUCUCGUCGUCUGCAAAGGCCACGCGGAUGAAACUCAGCUAUCAAGGUCAUGGUAAUCCACUCGUUCUCGAGCUUGAGCAAGACGCCAACGUAUUGACGCGUGUAUCUAUGUCGACAUACGAACCCAGCUUCCUCACAGAUAUGGUCUUUGAACCGCAGAAUAUGGUGGCUCAAGUCAUUGUUGCAUCCGAGCUCAUGCAAUCUGCCUUUACUGAGAUUGAUGCCAGCUGCAAGAAACUCUCGAUCCUCAUCACAUCGCCCCACUCAUUAUCGACGUAUGACGGUGAUCAGCGCACAGAGGCUCCGGCACCCACCAACAGGAACACUUCAGCCAGCAUGCUCAAGUUCAGGGCCAUCUCGGAUACCGGAUCGUCAGAAAUGGAGUUCCCAGCCAGUCUCACCUCAUCUGACCCUACGGGCGUUAUAGAGAAAUUCGUAGCCCUGCCUGGCAGCAGCGAACAAUGGUACGACUUCACAUUGCUCUCACGAACCAUGUCUGUCUUGCGAUCGUCGAUAAAGACCUCUCUCCGAAUGGACGAGGCUGGUCUCAUUAGCUUUCAGUUUAUGAUGCCAAAAUAUCGACGUGCCGCCGCAGCGGGUGCGCCACUAACAAACGCUGCUGCUGGCCAGGCUGCACAUGAAGAUGAGCAAGACGCCUUCUGCGAGUUCCUGUGCUGUCCGCUCGAUACAAGUACCUUAAUCGUGUGA